CUGCGCUCCCUGCGUGCGGCUGCUCCGCUCUACCUGCUGGGGAAUUCACCUUGUCAUUGCUGGGGAAUCUGCCUCCCAUUACAGAAUCAGAAAAGUUAUAUUCUCUAAUGACAAAGAGAUCUGGCUUUCUGGGGGUGAUUUGGAGACAUUGAAGUGCAAAGAAGACACACUCGAGAGAAGUAAAAUAUGACUAAAAGCAACGGAGAAGAGCCCAGGAUGGGGGGCAGGAUGGAAAGAUUUCAACAAGGAGUACGAAAGCGCACACUUUUGGCCAAGAAGAAAGUACAGAACAUCACAAAGGAAGAUGUUAAAAGUUACCUAUUUCGGAAUGCUUUUGUGCUGCUCACUAUCACCGCUGUCAUUGUGGGUACAAUCCUUGGAUUUACCCUCCGACCAUACAAAAUGAGCUACCGGGAAGUCAAGUAUUUCUCCUUUCCUGGGGAACUUUUGAUGAGGAUGUUACAGAUGCUGGUGUUACCCCUUAUCGUCUCCAGUCUUGUCACAGGAAUGGCGGCCCUAGAUAGUAAGGCGUCAGGGAAGAUGGGAAUGCGAGCUGUAGUCUAUUACAUGACUACAACCAUCAUUGCCGUGGUGAUUGGCAUAAUCAUUGUCAUCAUCAUCCAUCCUGGGAAGGGCACAAAGGAAAACAUGUACAGAGAAGGCAAAAUUGUACAAGUGACAGCUGCAGACGCUUUCCUGGAUUUGAUCAGGAAUAUGUUCCCUCCAAAUCUGGUGGAAGCCUGCUUUAAACAGUUCAAAACCAACUAUGAGAAGAGAAGCUUUAAAGUGCCCAUCCAGCCCAACGAAACACUAGUGGGUGCCGUGAUCAACAAUGUAUCCGAGGCCAUGGAGACACUCACAAGGAUCAAAGAGGAGUUGGUGCCAGUUGCGGGGUCUGUGAAUGGGGUCAAUGCCUUAGGACUAGUCGUCUUCUCCAUGUGCUUCGGCUUUGUGAUUGGAAACAUGAAGGAGCAGGGACAAGCCCUAAGAGACUUUUUUGAUUCUCUUAACGAAGCCAUAAUGAGAUUGGUAGCAGUGAUAAUGUGGUACGCCCCUCUGGGCAUCCUCUUCCUGAUUGCAGGGAAGAUUGUGGAGAUGGAAGACAUGGGCGUUAUAGGCGGGCAGCUUGCCAUGUACACAGUCACCGUCAUCGUAGGCUUACUCAUUCACGCCGUCAUUGUCCUGCCCCUCCUGUACUUCUUGGUAACUCGGAAAAACCCUUGGGUUUUUAUUGGAGGGUUGCUGCAAGCACUCAUCACAGCUCUCGGGACCUCCUCCAGUUCUGCCACCCUGCCCAUCACCUUCAAGUGCCUGGAAGAGAACAAUGGUGUGGACAAACGCAUCACGAGAUUCGUGCUCCCAGUCGGGGCCACCAUUAACAUGGACGGAACUGCCCUCUAUGAGGCUUUGGCUGCCAUUUUCAUCGCUCAAGUUAACAACUUUGACCUGAAUUUUGGACAGAUUAUUACAAUCAGCAUCACAGCAACAGCCGCCAGCAUCGGGGCAGCUGGGAUUCCUCAGGCGGGCCUGGUCACCAUGGUCAUCGUGCUAACGUCCGUGGGACUGCCCACCGAUGACAUCACGCUCAUCAUUGCAGUGGACUGGUUCCUGGACCGCCUCCGAACCACCACCAACGUGCUAGGAGACUCCCUGGGAGCUGGAAUUGUUGAGCACCUGUCACGACAUGAACUAAAGAACCGAGAUGCUGAAAUGGGUAACUCAGUGAUCGAAGAGAAUGAAAUGAAGAAACCCUAUCAGCUGAUUGCCCAGGAAAAUGAAUCUGAGAAGCCCAUGGACAGUGAAACCAAGAUGUAGGCGAACAAAGAGAAAUGCUUUCUUGAGCACCAGGUGUUUGAAAACCAUUACAAAAUGUUUCUAUCCCAUUACAGCUCAAUCUCUCCAGCAAGCCCAUACCUCCCUUUUCCUCCCCACUCUUAUAGGAUGGGAAGUAUUUAUCCAAAUACAAGGGAGGAGUUUGCAGUGGCCAAAAUGUAUAGUUUUCAUCUGACAUUUGAAAUUUUAAGUCAUUUCAGGUUAGUCUUAUCUAAUAAGGUACUAAAGUCAAAAAUAGUCUUGAUCAGAUCUUACACAUUUAUGUGGCACACAAUCCUGUAAAUGUGAUAUUUUUCAUAAGUUUAGGAGUCAAAUAGAAGGCAAAAAUGCUUUUAAAUCAACUUUCAAAAUUUAAAAAUUCUUCAGAUAUAAUUCGGUUUUAGCCUCAAAAUGAAACAACUUGAUAAACUACAAUUGGUUAUGCAUUGGACAGUAACAGGUUUUUUUUUUCCUUUUCAGACAUAUGUCCUUAUUUUAUUAGUAUCAGGACAAUAUGCAUACACACCCAGCACAGCUCUGAAGAGGCACAUAAAGAGAAUUUUCCAUGUGCCCCGGGGCAAGCCACAUUUCAUCUCCAGGUCUCCGUUUCCUUUCUGUAAAAUGAGUGAGAUCCCUUGAUGCCUCCAUGGCCUCUCCUAGUCCAAGCAUCCUGCUGCAGGAUGAGUCAGCCGGCCCUCUAUUUUCUCUCUGAACAUCCAGUAGCAAGUAUCAUUCCAUGGAGCAUGAGAAAGGAUUUUUGGGGGGAAUGAAAUUUUAAGUAGAGGCCUGAUAGCUGUGUCCAAAAUGUCAAUCAUUCAAAUCACCAGGCCAUUCCAACAGUGAAUCUACUCAUGCAGCCUUUUGCUCAGUUUUUCCCAAUAGGGGAAAUAUUCCCUUCUUUCCUACUCUCCCCAAACUGAAGGGAGAGCUCUGGGAAGAAUGUCUCUCAGCACUCUUCAACUGAUGCUAGACUUUCAGAAAAUAAGAAGUAAGACUAGCAACUAGGAAGGAUGCUCAUGAUCUUAUUAUGGAACACUAAAGAGCCUGCUAUGAAAGAAUGGAGCCUGAUUGACAUUAUAAAGAGAGGAUUUUAAAAUGUAAGAUUAGAGGUUAUCCCUAGGGAGAGGGAUAGUUAUCCCUAGGAGAGGUUCAUCUGCAUUAGCCUGAAAUCCAUUUUCUCUUCAGUUCAAAAUCAUUUCCCAAGGAAGUCUGCAUGUCAAACAUAUAUGUUCAUUUCUUAUGUCUUUUAAAGGAGCCAAAUGAAAGAGCUCUCUCUCAUAGAGGUCUGUGAGCUGAGUGGGUGGUCUCUUAUUUGAAAAGGUUUUUGAGUAUAAUCAGAAGUUCUUAGAAUGAGGGGAACAAGACGUUUCUUUGUGUUGGAAUUCCACUUACCAAGUCAUUCAGAACCUUGCACAGCAGUAAGGUUUGGUUUGGUUUGGUUUGAUUCAUGUCCUUGAGAGAAAUGGUAGGAACUGAAUUAGUGUGAAGACAUUGUCAGUAUAGUUCCAAGAAGAAAAAAAAACAGCAGGGACAUUAGUUUUCAGGUAAGGCAGCUCCCAGAUUUAUAGCAGAUUCAUCUUUUAAGCAUGAAGGAAUCUCAUCCGGUCAUUGCAGAGUGAAAGUUGUCAAACCAUACCAGUUGUGUUUGAGUUGCUGAUGGAAAAUGAUGAAGAAUGGACAUAAUUAUGCUAACAGACUGAAAAUAUAGACACGCAUCCUCCGAUAUACAGUUAGAGAGAUAUUUUUAUAUAGAUCCCAAGCAUUAUGUAUGUACAAAAGUUAACAUUAGGCCAUGGUGGAAUAACCAUAUAAUGUUGCAGUUCUCUUUGGAAAGUGUACACUACAAAAGUUAAUGUUUGUGGCUGUUAUCUUAUGACACCAGUAGAGCAAAAAUUAAUCAUGUCAAAUUAAUUCUGUUACACAAUGUGAUCUGUUUUUAUACUAACUAUUUCUUAUGGAAAGCAGAUCCUCUAGGAUGAUCCUCUCGACAGCCCAUCACGGGCUCUGCAUACUCAUGCACCCAGUGUGGACCGAGAAGCAUUACUUUGUAGAUGUAUUUUCAAUAAAGAAAAAAAAUA